ACGGAAACGGAGCGGCCGGGAACGGGAACGGCCGGGAACGGGAACGGCCGGGAACGGGAACGGGCCCGGGGAGGAGCGCGGUGCCCGCCGCGCUCGGUGCCUGCCCGGCCGGAGCCCCAGCCCCGCUCCGUGCCGGGGCUUCCAGGGCCAUCUCCGUGAGCCCCUCCCAGGCCAGACGAAACCACCGCUUCUUCAAUAGGAACAAGGUCUCCCGAUCCCAUUCACGGGCAUAUUAACAACUGGCGUUAGCUGGCUUAGAGUGAACUUAGACAGCAAACUCCAAACUCGAGGCGCGAGGAGGAACUUGUCUUUUUUAAGGUGGACCUUGUCUUUUUUGGAGGUGAAAUUCAGCAUAAUUUCCCGUUCGUUAUAAUAACCUAGACUGUUUUACCUCUUAGUAGUAAGUAAGGGUAGGUUAAACUCGCCAUCCCUAAACCGCACUAUUUUACUUGGUAGCCAUAGAUGGCAAGAGAAAAGUGAAUGAGACAUUCGGCGCUGUCAGUGAUCGAUCAGUAGGAUACUGGGAAAGAAAACCUUUGUGUAACUGCACUUUGAUGGAAGAAACCAGAGCUGCGGCACAGUGAGACUCGGUCCUUAUGACCUGUGGAGCCCCUCUGAUUCCCAAAAGCCCCCUCCAGCUCCCAGCAGAGCAGCACUACGGAUAACCUAAGCUUAGUUGGCUCACUGAGUCCCCGAGAUGCUCCUGCCGCCUUGAAAUUGCUGGGAUUUAAGGAUGGCCAGACUGUACCCUUGCUCCGUUUGGUCCAGAGGGCUAACAACACACAGCCCUGUGUGCCAGGCUCCUGUGGGGAGAGCAUCCUCUCCAUGCCUGGGAGCUCUUCUCCGUCUGCAGCGGUGACAAUAGAGCAGUGCCAGUGACAAGGUGCUCACUGCACCCUGCUGUUGGAAAACCUCCCCGCAGAGAACCUGACUCGGCUGGGUUGGCUUUGGCUUGUGUUUGAUUCCUUAGCCCUGUAGGUCAAUGAACGCUGCCCCGUGUUAGAAGCACCAAGCCUGUGAAUCAGCGUUUGAGGGAUGGGGAUCUCAGUUUAUGGGGUACUUGAGACUUGUUACUUCGUGUUCAUAAUCUGCUCUGUCACAAUGUAGCCCUCAUCUGGUGUAACUACAUUUUAACUCUGAUGUGCAUAAUACUGGUAGAUCAGUCAACCAUGAACAGAAUAAAACCCAAACAGACCAAUUUAAAAAUGUUCUUUAAAUGAAGCUGGAAGAGGUUCCUUAUCAUCUAUGAGAGCAGGGUCAGCUGGAUCUUCUUUAAAGGACAAAAUAGCAAGUGAAAAUCAGAUUUGGUUGUCAGUGUUUGAGAAAUGAGGUAUUAAACCCAAAAACCAGUAGGGGCAAAUGCUGUGUAUAUGAGGAGAAGCAACUUCAUGUGUGAUUUGGGUCAGCAUACGAAGGUUUUUCAGGCAGGACAGAUACUUGGAUGGAUGCUUCAGUCAUAUCCACUGCCUUCAGAAGACUCACAGAAAAUAAUGGUUUUUAACCCUGGAGAAAGUUCAUAAAUACUUGAAUAAUUCUGUAUGUCAGUGGAGAAAUGCUUUUCUGAUUGAAGAAAUUUUCCACAACAGUUAAUAGGACUAGUUGUGUUAUAAUACAUAAAUAUAAGUGAUUUUUUCCUGAAACAUGGAAGUAACGGGUUUUCAAUCUGAAGUUGGCUGAAAAGCUUUCUUUUUCACUGCAGGGUCAUUUUUUGAUUAUUGGAUUAGAAGAAGAUCAGAAUUUUAAGUAAUCUAUAUAGUUACUAAUCUAGAUAAUGCAAGAAAAAUGCAAAUGCUUUUUGUUUAAUCUUAGUCAAUUCAAUUAUGGGUUUAAAAUUCAUGUUCUAUAUGUAUAUGAUUAGAGCUAGGGUAAAUUCACAAGACUUCAUAGAAUAAAUGUCCAUAUGAGUGGGCAUUUAAGUAUCUUUGACUUUACAAGAAUCCUAGAAAUAUACUUCACUUUUUCAAUUUAUUAUCUUUCCAGGAAACACCACAAAAAUCAAAUAUUUCUUGGGCAGAACCCAACACAAAGAACAUUUUCUGUUGCUAUUUUUGCUAUUGCUUCAGUAAUAGCUGAGUAGCAAUCUGUCUCUGUCAAUUUACUUGAAAAUAGAAAAAAAAUACAAAUUAAACUAUAAUAACCAUGUAGUCAUAUGCCCUGAAUGAAGUGCAGCAAGAAUUACUGAUGGGACAUGUAAAAAAGAAUGGGACAAAUCCUAGUAUUUCCUAUUACUAAAGAUUGCUUGGAAAAAACCUACAUCAGUAGUAUUUCUAUUGAACUGUGAUCUGGUCAUGUUUGGAAGGAAGAAUAAACCAAUAAAGGGCUCUGGGAAACAUAACAAAUGCUAUUGUAAGGGAUCCUUCUCUUUCAAAGGAAUUUUCUCAUUUGGAGAAUACUGCCCUUCUCCAAGUGGAAGAAUUUCUCUUCAGCAAGAAUUGAAUCAGGUCUUCAGAAAUUACUGUAGGAAACUGAGCUGCUUCAGUAGAAGCUUAGGUGGAUACAAAAGACUGUUGGGGGUUUUUUUUGCCUUUUUUAAUACAUUAUUUACUCUGUUGAUCUGGUCAAACUCUAGUUAAUUAUCUAUGCUUCUAAUCGUGUCACCUGGACACUGCAUGUUUGUUAUCGUGUACAUUAUGGCAUUGCAUGGUAUUGCUUCCUCAGGGAAUUACUUUGAUCAGCCCUCAUCCGGAUGCAUUUACAUGGCAAGUCUAUCUACAAAACAGUUUCAGCAUAGACAUCUCAGACCAAGAUUUUUUCUUCUGUGUAGAGGUUGCUAGGGGAUUUUUGAACGUGUAAAAAGUUGAAAAGUAGUUGCUGCACUAUACCAGUAUGAGAGCCUGAAGGUAACAAGUGAAAAAGAAUUGUCCAGAACUUCUGGCUGUGAUGGAGGUGACAGGAAUGGACUGUGUGAAAGUCUGGCAAGAAAUAGUCCAGGGCAGUGACUUGAAGAACUAGACAAGUUUCUGGAAAUACUUAAUGUAGGAUGUUGAUUUAGGAUAACCAAAAGAUUCUGAAUAGACUUACUUGUGUGAUGCUAAAUGCUUGGUAACAUGUCCUUUGCAUGCUGUAAUUCUAAGUGUCAAAUACACACAAACAUUUCUUCUUCCAUCGCAGCACAAUGCUCAGAAAGGCUUCAAUGAUUGCAUCAGUUGUCUUUGGGAAGAAGAAUUAACUGAUAGCUUUCGAGUCUUGAAUUCCCAUGGCAUGGUAGUUCUAAGUUUCCUACAGUGAAGCUAAGCUGAUUUAUCACAGCUCCUGCUGCCCUCCCAGAGUUCCAGGAGUCAGGGCAGGUACCCUGGGUGUGCUGUGAGGCACCCACAGUCUGGGGGCAGGCCUGGCACGGUCUCUUAGCAAAGCAGCACAGCUGUGCAUUUAAAGCUGAGAAUGCCUCAGAGUCCCAGAAUGCUGCUGUGCCUCUAAAGGUGAGAAUGCCCCAAAGAGUCCCAGAAUGCUGCCGUGCCUCUAAAGCUGAGAAUGCCCCAGAGUCCCAGAAUGCUGCUGUGCCUCUAAAGCUGAGAAUGCCCCAAAGAGUCCCAGAAUGCUGCUGUGCCUCUAAAGCUGAGAAUGCCCCAGAGUCCCAGAAUGCUGCCGUGCCUCUGGCUUGGCCUGGAGGCACCGGGAACUCUGGCUUGGCCUAAAGCAAACUGGCAUGAAGCUGAAGUGUGGCUUUGGUGAAUGUAGCCUUUCAUCUGACUGUAAUUCUGGUGCUGGAAAAAACUGAGAGGAUCACAAUUCCUCCCCACCCUCCCCACACUCUGGUACUCUGACACAAUAAUCUUUAAUGUCAUUCCUUUCUAAGUAUCCUUGUUUUAUAUGUCACGGGGGUGUGAUAUUUUUAAUAAAACAAGCAACCCUGUAACUACUUGUGACCAACCCAGCAAGGUGACACAGGGCAGAGAUCAGCACUGCCUUGUGAGAGCAGCUUUGAAGAGUUCUGGAGAUAGAAUUUACGCCCCUUUUCACGACACUGUGUUUUUCAUGACUUCAUCUUUUCUCUCCUUGUUAGCCCUAACCUUUGUGUUCACAUGGUCAUCCAGUAUUUUUUUUAUAAUUAACUUUUCAUUUAUGAUGAGCCAGAUCAUAUUCUUUUUCUUUAGUAAGUCACACUGAGUCAGUGGCACUAGUUAAAUUAAGCAAACUAUUAUGAUUUUGGCCUUUAAAGAUAAUCUAAAUUAUUAUUGGUCAGUUGGACAUGAUAUUGUGCAAAGUACUUAGAACUGAAACAUUUCUAAGCAUCUUAAAAUAGAUCAGUGAAACAAAGUAUAAGACCUGUAUGGCAUGUGAAAAGUAAGAAGGGCAAGUGACUUAAUAACUGAAGAAAGAUAAAAAAUCAAGCUCAGGAGAUUUUAGUGUACCUUAAGCCUCAGAUGUAACAUGACAUUUAAUUCCUUGCUGGAGUUAGUCCUGACAGCUGAGAGCUAAAGUCUGUUAUGUUCUGGAUCUUGCAGUAUCAGUUCUACCCAGGGUUUCAUAUGGGUUUUCUUGUUUGUUUGCUAUCAUUUUGAGAUGUAUAGGCAUAUCCUAAUUUCUCUUAUUUUGUAAGAAGUUCUGAAAAAUUCAGAAGUCACUGUUGAGCACAUUCUACAGUGGACUGUUACAUUUGGUCACGUAUUCCUCUUUUUAACAGGCAUAUGUAAGAUUUACACCAGAUUUGAGUCUGGUUUGGGGUUUUGUUUUUUUUUUUAUACUUCUGAAUAUUUACUUAGUCUCUGAAAAAAAUGUUUACUGAAAAUGACAUUGGUGUCCUGUAGGCCCUUCAAGGGGAAGGAGCAGGCACCGAUACCUUCUGAAGGCAUUGUCCCAGUGCUGUUCACUCUUUUUCAGGGCUUCUUACCAGGCUGCAGAUGUCAGCUCCCACAGUGAGAACCCUGCCAUCCUCAAAGUCCUUUUCACAGAACAUUCCAAGCUGUUUGUGGAAGCUGGGCCGACUUAACCAUGUGGCCAUUGCAGUGCCCGACCUGGAGAAGGCUCGGUGCCUGUACAGAGAUGUGCUGGGAGCCCAGGUGAGCGAGGCUGUUGCGCUUCCUGAGCACGGUGUCUACACUGUUUUUGUGGAGCUGGGGAAUACCAAGCUGGAACUUCUACAUCCUUUAGGAGAGAAAAGUCCCAUUGCAAGUUUUCUGCAAAAAAACAAGACUGGAGGAAUGCAUCAUAUCUGCAUUGAGGUCGAUGACAUAAAAGCGGCUAUGACAGAACUGAAGAAAAAACAGAUGCGAGUAUUGAGUGAAGAGCCAAAAAUAGGUGCACAUGGCAAACCUGUGAUUUUUCUGCACCCUAAAGAUUGCCAUGGAGUCCUUGUGGAACUUGAGCAAGCUUGAGCUGUAAUAUUCAUAAAUAAAACAAUGGAAGAGUUGUGAAGUUCCGAGCUGGUGCUGGGAAUAUUGAUGUGGUGUUCAGUCUUUACAAGUUCAUUGUAGUUCCCACAGAUGAAGUACAGCUUUUGAGUACUGAAAGAGUGCUACAGAUUCAGGGUAAUUUUCUUGGCUUUUUUGUUGCUGAUCUGAUUUUCAGAACUAACAUGCUGGCAUUUCUUGCAUUCUCUGUGAUUCUAAAGACAAAUCUGUGAGCCAAGUUACAUAUGUACCGUAGAAAUUUGUGUUUUGUUGCUUGUUUGCAGCACGAUUUUACCUCUGUAACCACAGAAACUGUACAGUUUCUAGGUCAACCCACAUUAUUUUGUUCUACAUUUCAGAGCAGAGACCCACUUCUCAGUGACAACAAUAUAGCUUAGAUAUUCCCUUUAGAAAUGAAGGAAAAAUGAACCUUGUGUUUUCUGUUUUUGCCAUUCACCAUCUGUGCCUCACACUGAUUGAUUGGUUCAUGAAUAAAAAAAUCCGUCUGCUAUUGUA